UGUCGAGUGUGCAUGCGCUUUAGUUUUUCGGGACAGCGCGAGAUAUCGUCGCUGGGGGGCGAGCGAGCGAGCUUGCAAUUGUGAAAGCAAGAGAGAGAGAGAGAGAGAGAGAGAGAGAGAGGAAGCAAAGAGCACGCGAGCGAGGUUAGGAAAGGGCUCUCUGCGAGUUGUCUAUAUGUGCCGUUCCAGAACUCUGCCAGCUUGGGGGCCAACCGGCCGCCGGCGAUUCACAGCAACAAGUUCAAACUCCUAGAGCUUUUUGAGCGUCUUUGUUUCGCUUCGUCAUUGGCUGCAUGAGUACCCGCUACUGUCAUUGCUGCUGCUACCUUGUGUACUGAGAGAGCGAGAGAGGACGCCAAGAUGAUGCAUGACAAGGGAGAAGACAAUGGCAUCAACAUCAAGUUCGGCGAGGACAGAACCAAGGGUGAUUACCGGCUUGUCAAGCCCAAUAAUGCCGCUGCCCUCAAUGGCAAGAAGAAACGUGCCAAUGGGACUGCCAAACGAGAAGCGAAGAAUAAAGAAAUGUCGAUGGAAGACAUGGUGCCGCCUGACGGUCGCUGGGGAUGGCUCGUGCUUAUUGCGGCGAUCACGGUGAAUCUCCUCAUUCCAGGCGGCAUCAAAUCGUUUGGCAUUCUUUAUCAGGAAUUCCUGCUUAUUUACAAUGCCAAUUCGACAUCGGGUUCGUGGAUUCCUGCGCUGUGCUACUUCCUUUACAGUUCAUUGGGGCCACUGUCAAGUAUACUUUCGGUGAGGUAUUCAUAUCGUACCGUCACCCUCAUCGGCGGUACUUUCGCCGGAGUUGGAAUGAUGAUUAGUUAUUUUGCCACUUCGAUAGAAUAUUUGUAUGUGAGUUAUGGAAUUUUUGUGGGAAUCGGUGCUGGUCUUGCUUUUCCCCCAACGGUUUACAUUGUUACUUCAUAUUUCGUCCGACUGCGAGGAUUAGCAAAUGGUUUUUGCAUUUCUGGCAGCGCCUUAGGAUCAAUUAUUUUACCUCCAGUCAUGGUUCAAAUGAUAAAAAGUUAUGGAGUAAGAGUAACGAUUCUGACAAUGGGUGCACUGACGCUGAACGUAUGGGCGUGCGCUUUGAUCUACGAGCCGGUGGAAAAGCAUCUGAUUCCUUCGAAAAAACUCAAAGAUGUAGCAACGGAGGAAGCACUGGAACCGUUAGCCGAGGCCGAUGUUGACAUUGCGGUAACAAGUCCCGAAGAAGAGAAACGUAAUCCUCUAUUGUCGCCGAGUAGCGAUAAUCAGUCGAGUAGCAAUGGUGAGGCAAAAGGUGCGCCACCGAUCGUCCCAAAAAGUGCAUCGAGUGCGGCCUUGGAACAUUACUACAAGCCAACGUCGCAGCCGCGUACGCGUAAAAUUAGCAUGCCAGUUGGUCCGCGCGAUAUGGCUGGUCAGAUGCACAGUACACCAGCCUUACACGGAAUACCCGAGAGGCGACGUCCACGACCACCGCCACUUUCGCCGAGUACGUCUUCGUUCAAUUACAUCAGCACGCCUUAUCACGGAAGCACCUUGACGGCAAUAAAUCCCGAGUUUGCAUCCACUUUAACGUUGAAUGCCAUCACAUCAACGUUUCGGAAGUCGCCGGAGAAGCAGGCCAAAAGCGAAGAUGAGCAAGAGAAACUAGCUAACAAAUUCUUCGACUGCAGCUUGCUUAAGGAUCCUAUGUAUUUAGUUAUUCUGAUUUCCAACUCGACUAAUGCCAUCAGUUACACUAAUUUCGUAAUCGUGCUCACUCUCUACGCCGCCGAGUUGGGCUUUACACAGAACGAAGGCUCUUUGCUGCUUUCAACAAUCUCGCUUUUCGAUCUGACUGGAAGAAUCGGAGGAGCAGCAAUGUCGGACACAAAGCUAAUGCCGAAGCACUGGUACUUCGUGGGAGGUCUUUUCUUAUCUGGCAUAUCAUUGGCUAUCCUACCUCUUGCCAAAAGUUUCUACAUGUGUGCAUUUUACUGCAGUUUAUUCGGCAUCUCAUCGGGAGUCUACGUAGGGGUGACAGCAGUAGUAAUGGCCGACAUGUUAGGUGUGGAAAAGCUCACUUCGUCCUACGGAAUAUCGUUAUUCGUUAAUGGUGUACUUCAAUUAAUCGGACCACCGAUUUGUGGUGCUAUCGGCGAUGCAAUUGGUGGAUGGGGUCCGAUAUUCACUGUCCUCGGUUUCAUCCUCAUCGCGGGAUCUGGACUUUGGGGAUUCGUGCCAUUUAUUAGAAAGCGUCAAGAAGCUGCGGCAAAAGCGAACGCACUUGGACAAGUUGAGGCGCCUGAAAAAAUUUAGCACACUACGCUGAACUUAGCCAUACAGUUGAAUAACGGUGAAGUGUUGGCCAUCGAGGAAGAUACCGCUUGGCGACCCGCUGGCGAUGACAAGGACAUCGAAAUGGGCGAACGCACCAUCUCAAUAUACCACGUCAACGUUUAAUGAUGGGAAGAACGAAGUGUGAUGUAAUAACAUGUACGAACGAUGUGUUUCGUUUUUUGCUACGUUAUAUGGGGUGAGCUGCGUGUGAUAAUGAAUCUUCUUUUUCUACCGUCUGUGUUAAUAAUGUUUCUAUAACGCUGUGUGAGCUUGCGUGCUUACGAGACUAUUUUACUACUUGACGUUAGAUAGUGAAUCAUUUAGAAUUAAAUAUAUAUAUAUAUAUAUGAUGAAAUUGACGUCCUUCCUAUAGAAGAGAAUAUUGAGAGCGAAAUGUCAUUUGUAUAAACUCGUGCGGUAAGGACGUUUCGGUUACCACUUGUUUGCGUACAUAUGCAUCUCAGCAAGCAGGCAGAAACAAAAGUAGGUCAAUAAUUUUUUUCGACAAAACUUACUAGUUUUUAGAUUGAUUUUUACAUUUUUAUGAGUGAUAGAAAAAGAAUUAUGCCCUUAUAAGAAAGUAUCUUGUAGAAAAAAAAGUUUAAAAUGGCUAUAUUUUUGAUUCUGCAGAUACUGUAAUUUUAAAAGAGAAUAUAUAGUGCUUUCCAUUUAUUCAUAAUGUUAAUUAUUAUAUUAUUGUUAGGAAUUCAUUAGUGACAGUCGGCAUUUUUUUAAAUAUUAUUUUGACACCAGCAAUGGAACCUUUUUGAGUAUAUACAUUCAGAUUAAGUUUUUCUCUGUCUUGAUUAUUGUUGAUUUUUAAAUGUGUACUAUUACGUUUUAUUUUUAUUUUUAAGUAGACCAUAAAGUUUUUGCACUCGAAAAAUAAAAACUGCAACGUUGUAAUAAUUUUAUUUGUACCAUUUAUUAAUAUUUUUCAUAGGAAAAAGAUCGAGGUUUAAGAUUUUAUUUUUUAACAAUUAUCACUAAUUAUGAUGAGAUUGAUUACGAGCGUAAUAUGGCAUUUAAUGGUCACUAAACAAUAGUAACAUAAACAAAAAAUCUACAAACUGUGCUGAUCAUAUCAAAGUUUUGCCAACUAAUAUGAGUAAAUUGAUAAAAUAAAAUUAAUAGAUAUUUUUUAUAUAUUCUUGUAGAUUUUUUACCAUGUUUGCUUAUGCUUUCCGACGUCACUGCCACGUAUUCUUAGUCAAAGUAAAUAAUAUGUAACGUGUAAGAACAUACAUAUACAUGAAUAAUUUUCGCCAGUGUUAUUAAACAUACAUACUAAAAAUAACUUAAGUAAUUUUUUUUUUAAAUUCAAAGGUGUAAAUAGCUUAAACAACUUUAGUAACGAAAGUAUAAUAAUCAUAUAAAGGAAUUCUUAAUGUUUUUAUUUUUUCAAUGAUAAUUUUUCUUCACCGUAGAUAACUAUCUAAUUACGCAGUCUGUCUUCAAUUGUAUUUUCUUCUAAUAAAUACUACUAAGGAUAUUACCUUGGACAAAGAAAAUAUACUAAAUAAAAAUUCGCAAUUUAAAACGUUUAAAUACUAAAUGUCACUUCAUGUGAAGCACAGAUGUCGAAUUAAGGUUUUUGAAUUUUCUUUAACUGUGACUUUGUUUUAUUCUCUACGCCAAAGAACAAGCGCAAUUGAUAACGCUAUUUUUAUUUUAUCAAAACUACAAACAUUGAAGUUUUUACACUACAAUUAAUAAUGCUUAAUUCUCAAGCAGAGUUUUGUAAAUAAAUAGUUAUAUGUUUACAAACACGAGAAUUUAAAGAUGAAGAUUUAUUAGAAAAGCAUUUUUGUAAUCUUCUACUAUUAGUUUUAAGCAACGGGUUUGGUUAUUUUGUGUAAAAAACUAUGACGUCGAAUAAGUUGUAGCAAACGAACCUUAAGAACUAUUAAUUAUCAACUUUAUAAAAAAUGAUAAACAUAUACUCGUGUCUCUUCAUCGUUUUAUGCUCAAAUUCGAACGCGUUGAUGCCCUUUUUACAGAGCUAUUGAAAGAAAAAAACUGUCUUGCCUUAUACAUGAAUAUUAUACAAACUUCUUACAAAGGUAUUUUAAAUAAUUGAAUAAAACGAUCGCGAUAACAACUUGCACAAUAUUUUGACUGCAUACACAAGAAAGUACUUAUAGAUGUAUUAAAAUAAUGUAUAUAAAUAUACAUAGUACAAUCAUAAAAGAUUAAAUUUUACUAUAUAUAUCUAACAUCGUAUUAAUCUUGUAAAUAAAUGUAUGUAUUCGUAAUGCGAUAUAAGAUGUAUAAAAGUAGAACCGCGAACACCACAGCCCUAUUAUACAUAGAUAUAUAAGUUUGAAGAGGUAAAGUAAAAUUUGGCUAUCGCGUCGUAUAUAGUAUUAUGUAUCUACCGUGUACAUUUGAAACGAAAAUGAAAGUGUGCCGAAAUAAAAGAGCCAAAUAGUGUUGCAAACGAAAGGGAGUCGUGCGCUCGACUUUGACAUCUUUUUUGUGAAUAAAAAAUUAUAUUCUGAAAAAUGAA